AUGACCGUCGACCUGCCCACGCCGAAUGCAACUUCCAUCAAGGCCAGUAGCGGGAACCCCCCCCCGCGUUCGACUGCAUAUUGUUAUACUCCUUUGCCCGAGGGGUGCAUUCGCUUGCUACGGUUGAUGCCGCACCGAGACGAGGGUGCCCCGAUACAAUGCCAGCUCUUCGACUACACUUUCCUGGACUCAGGGAAAGGGACCCAUCUGUACGAGGCUUUGUCUUACGUAUGGGGCUCGGAAGAAAAGCCCCAUUCUGUGUCUACAGACAAGGGUGACCUUCCGGCCACAACAAAUCUUUACAUGGCACUGAAACGCCUUCGAGAUCACUCUUUGGACCGAAUCAUAUGGGUUGACGCCAUCGGCAUCAACCAAGGUGAUACGGAAGAGCGGAACCGCCAAGUUCAGUCCAUGGCGAAGAUCUACGCGAAAGCAAGCCGUGUCGUCGUGUGGCUGGAAGAGGCGACGACUGGCGGCGAUCGAGUGCACGGAGAGGCCACAACUGAUAGCGACCGAGCGCUCGAAGUAUUACGUGUGGCUGCAGAUCGCCAGACUACGAAGACCCUGUCUAGGGCGACGGACCAACAAGCAAUCCUUACGCUGCUUCAACGGUCGUGGUUCCAGCGUAUCUGGGUACUUCAGGAGGUUGCUGCGGCUCGGCAGGUCCUGAUCAUGUGUCAUACCGCAGAGAUUGACGGAUAUACGUUCUGCUCAGGUCUGAACAUCCGGUUUCGUUCGGUCGCGUACCUAAUAAAUGGCGCAAUCUUCCGACCUAAAUACGCGACGAGUCGCCCAGACAGGUUCUCUCUUGAUAUACGCCCUCUCGGAAAGCUGAUGGAUAUGUACCACAACCGCGAGGCUACGGAUUGUCGGGACAAGGUCUAUGCCCUGCUCGGCAUGAGCUCCGAUGAUUACAUCUCAACUGGCCUGUCGCCUGACUACGACAAGACCUCGUGGAAAGAGCUCUUUCAUUGA